CUCACAUUAUAACGCACACCUACUAGUACUAGGAAUGCUCAUUUCACACUCAUCUUCCCCUUAUAAAUCUCAACUGCAUACAAAGACAUUCAAAAACCCGAAUCCUGAGAAUGCCUUCAUCUUCCUCUCUUCUCUUUCUAACUCUGUUUCUUGCUUCCAUUUCCUUAUCUUUCUCAUCAACUUUAAAUUCUAAUGAUGAUGAUGAUGAUUUUUUCCUAUCUUCUACUCCCAAAUUCCCAUUAACAAUGGCAGAAAAGCUAAUCAGACAGCUUAAUUUAUUCCCUAAACAUGAUAUUAACAAGGCUGCAGCAACACGGGAUUCUGAACAGACGCUUUUUGAGAAGAAAUUGAAUUUAUCUUAUGUUGGUAAUUCUGGGUCUACAGUUCAAGACUUGGGUCAUCACGCUGGUUAUUAUCGUCUUCCACAUACUAAAGAUGCAAGGAUGUUUUACUUUUUCUUUGAAUCGAGGAGCAGGAAGAAUGAUCCAGUAGUUAUAUGGCUUACAGGAGGGCCAGGUUGUAGCAGUGAAUUGGCUGUGUUUUACGAAAACGGACCAUUCAAAAUUGCAGAUAACAUGUCUCUUGUCUGGAAUGAUUUCGGCUGGGACAAGGUCUCAAACCUUAUAUACGUCGAUCAGCCAACUGGAACUGGUUUCAGUUAUAGUUCAAACGAUGAUGAUAUUCGUCACGAUGAAAGGGGCGUAAGCAAUGAUCUCUAUGACUUCUUGCAGGCCUUCUUCAAGGCACAUCCACAGUAUGCAAAAAAUGAUUUCUAUAUUACUGGAGAAUCAUAUGCUGGGCAUUACAUUCCUGCAUUUGCUUCUCGGGUUCACCAAGGAAACAAAAAUAAAGAAGGAAUCUACGUAAAUCUCAAGGGAUUUGCUAUUGGUAAUGGACUCACUGAUCCAGAAAUUCAAUACAAAGCCUACACUGACUAUGCUCUGGAUAUGAAAUUGAUAAAGAAAUCUGAUUACAAUGCCAUAGAGAAAUCAUAUCCAAAAUGUCAGCUGGCAAUUAAGCUUUGUGGAAAAGAUGGCGGAACUGCUUGCAUGGCUGCAUAUCUUGUUUGUACAAGCAUCUUCAACAAGAUUAUGGACAUUGCUGGUGACAAAAAUUACUAUGAUGUGCGGAAGAAAUGUGAGGGCGAUCUCUGCUAUGACUUCUCCAAAAUGGAAACUUUCCUAAAUGAUCAACAAGUUCGAAAGGCCCUUGGUGUUGGGGAUAUUGAAUUUGUUUCAUGUAGCUCUGAGGUUUACCAGGCAAUGCAGUUGGACUGGAUGAGGAAUCUUGAAUUGGGAAUUCCUUCACUUCUUGAGGAUGGUAUCAAGCUACUUGUGUAUGCUGGGGAAUAUGACCUUAUCUGCAAUUGGCUUGGGAAUUCGAGAUGGGUGCAUGCAAUGAAAUGGUCAGGGCAAAAAGCCUUUGGAAAAGCCACACAAGUUUCUUUUGCAGUAGAUGGUGUAGAGAAAGGUGUUCAAAAGAACUAUGGACCUUUAACUUUCCUUAAGGUCCAUGAUGCUGGUCACAUGGUUCCAAUGGAUCAACCUAAGGCAGCACUAGAAAUGCUUCAGAGGUGGAUGCAAGAUAAAUUGUCUAAACAAGGUCAUCUUGCUCCUAUGUGAAAGACGACCUACAUACAUUACUGAGACAGAAAUUUCCAGUUAUAUAUAUAUUCCAAGAAAAUUAUACUAACCAUGUAAAUACAUUUCACAAUAUUUGUGUUUAAAAUCUAUCAUUGAAUUGAUUUUCUUUGAGGAGAAGGACUUAUUAA